AUGCCCCCAAAAAAGUUCCAGCAAGACUUAUGGAAACAACGUUUCACGUGGGACGCCAAACUACCGCCGCCCAUAACGGUUUCCAAAUAUAACUUCCUAGGCGCCUUAUUGAGAGUUUGGAGCCCCAAGAUCUCGCACUGUUUGCAGAUGCAAGUGAAAAUGCAAUCGCGGGACGUGUGCGCUUUAUCUCUUCCGAAUAGUUUCAUCCACACUGGUCAUGGCAAAGGGAAACUACCAUCCGUAAAAACGACCACAGCCAUGCCGAAACUAGAAAUGAAUGCACUUACGCUAGCUGUGCGUCUAAGCCCUUCUCUAUUGCACAAAGCCCCUCCGAUCUCAGUAUUCGGAGCACCCAUGAUAGCGCUCAGUUUGCUAUCGUCCUCCAAACGAAGAAGCCUAGGAGUGUUAGUCACAAACAGACUUCUCGAAAUUCGCCGAAUCGUGCAGAAACUUAAUGAAGAUGGAACGAACGUGACAUUCGCCUACGUGAACACAUCGGAGAAAUCCAGCGGACGCUGGAACCCGAGGACUUUCGAAAGAAGAACUGGACAGGCACAUUUGGUGGACAGGUCCAUCUUUCUUGACACAACCACGGAAGUACUGGUAUAA